CACCCCUUUCAAGGCAGGAAGGUGAGGAAAUAGAUAAUGCAAGAAUUACAGUGUGUCAAUUCUUAUCUUCAAUAUUUCUCGGCAAUGCUUUGUUCUGGUGAAGCAGUUCCGUCCAGCUGUCUAUAUGUGCGAAAUGGAACAACAAUGUCCUCAGUACUUUGGGAAUAAAACUGAAGAGAGCUGGUGCCCUCUGUCUGAUUUCUUGCCUGCUUCAAAAGGAAUAACAUAUGAACUCUGUGCUGGUAUUGUAGACAAGCCAGAGCUCUCUUUGGAAGAAAUUGCUUGCGAGGAAAUUUUAGAAGAAUGUGGCUAUGAAGUUCCUGUAACCAGCCUAAAAAGAAUCACUUCAUACAGAUCUGGAGUUGGUGUGACAGGAUCAAAGCAGACAUUAUUUUACGCACAGAUAACUGAUGACAUGAAAUCUAGUGAAGGAGGUGGCCAGGCGGAGGAAGGCGAACUGAUUGAAGUUGUGGAAAUACCUCUGCAAGAUUCCAUGAAAUUUGCAUUUGAUGAGACUUUUCCUAAAACUAUGGGAGUUAUCUUCAGUUUCAUGUGGUUUCAGUCCAACAUAGCACCAAAACUGCUAGAAAAAUAAAGCACUAAGAGAUUCUGGAGAAAUGAAGCAGAAAGAUGGGACCAUGCUGGAAGCAAUCUUUCAGGACUGUCUAGUUCUUAAAUUUAGUAUAGUAAAGUUCAUAAAAUUCAUAUGCUAAUAAUGGCAGAUAAGUAACUCAAGUUUAAAUAUGUUUUUCAUCCCAUAUUUUAUCUCCCACAGAAAGAAUUUGACGGAAAGAUAUUUGCAAUACAUGAAAGUUGUCCAGUCAGAAACACAAUUUUCUGACAAGAACUAAUAGGCAAACACAAAUGGAUAAUUUAUCAUGAGAUAAAUGAGUUUGUCAAGGAAAAUGUAAAAUAAGGAGAAGAAAUGAUAACAAAAGAUUACAUUUGUUAGUGGUUACCUUAUUUACAAUUAUUAAAAAGAUUUAAAG